UUCAACUCGAUGAAGCUUCGGAAUUCAAAUCGUACAGCUUCAGUAACCCGAAGCACAUUCCAACAAUACUCGAUCAAUUUGAUUCGUCGAGCAUUUGGGCAAGGUCUUGAUCGAUAGCACUUAGAAAGGCUUGCCGCAGCAACCAAUGAUUGGACUUAUCACCCGGCGAUUCGCCGCGGAGGUCUCCCUUGCACUGGGGCGCUUCUGCUUUCUGAGCCCCCUUGCUUUUCCUCCCCGCUACUCGAGCUCAAGAGCCACGAGCGCUAAGUUCUGGGCUUCCCUGGUGCCAACAUGGUGGUGCUGCAGAGCGCCUUUUAUAUCUCCGGGCAGCCCUGUUCCUCUAUUUUCCCGCAAAAAUCUUUACAUUCCAGGGCAUCUAUUCUGGAUCCCAUGGUCUCUCGGUGACAAAUAAUUGGUCAUCAUCUUCGGGGCCUUCAUCUGCGAGAUGGGGAAACCAUCUCCCUCUCCGCAAAGACUCCUUACAGAAGCUAUUGCUUUCGGGAGC